CGCCACAAAAUGGCGUCCGACGAGGAAAUGCUCGACAUUAGCUUUCCCCGACAUUAUAUGUCACUUUCAAGUGUGGCAAAUACGUAUGCAGGUAAAUUUGACUAUCCCGCCGAGACUCGUCUUGAGCAAACUCAAUCGGACUCAUCUGCAUUGGGGGGAGAACGGAGGACGCCAAGGUCAUAUGACGAGUAUGACACAAUCGAUUGGGUCAAGGACCUCAAUGCUGAUAGCAUUAGGAAAAUCCGGAUGGAGCAAAGGGCCAAGUUUUCCCUACUUGGCCGUUUUCUGCUGCUUUGGGACUCGAGUUCAGGAUGGAUCUGUGUCGGACUAAUUGGCGCCCUGGUGGGUUUUUUUGCCGUGAUGAUCGAUAUUGGAGUGAGCUGGCUUUCCAAUCUUAAAGAAGGUGUGUGUGGCGAGCAGUUAUGGUUCAGCCGAGAGCAGUGCUGUUGGUCUUACAACAUGACUGUCUUUUCUCCACUCUUUGGGAACGUAAAUAGUUCGUCGUCGUCCUCACUACCCUCGCCUGAAUUCAAUCAGUCUUCAACGCAGCUCGUUUAUCCCCACGAAUUUGGCAGUGGAGCGCAGUCAGCCUAUGGAUACUACUCCUGUGACCAGUGGUACUCGUGGGAGCGUCUUUUGACGGGCCACGAUGGUGAUAUCAAGCACAUAGGCGCGUUUAUUAUCGGCUGGAUUAUCUAUGUUCUCCUUGCCGUGGGGAUGGUGGGUCUCUGUGCGGCUCUUGUCUACUUCCUGGCUCCUUCAGCAGCCGGCAGCGGCAUUGCAGAGGUGAAAACAAUCUUAGGUGGUUUUGUGAUUCGCAACUUCCUCGGCCCCUGGACUCUCAUCGUGAAAGUGGCUGGCCUCAUAUUGUCAGUCUCCACUGGUCUUUGCAUCGGCAACGAUGGGCCCAUGGUUCAUGUCGGAGCCUGCUGUGCUAAAAUUCUUGCUCGCUUUUUCCCAAAGUACGGUCUGAACCCUUCAAAAACCAGAGAGCUCAUCUCCGCGGGCGUAGCAGGUGGAAUCGGUGCGUGCUUCGGCGCGCCUAUUGGAGGGGUUCUCUUUUCUCUUGAAGUGGCAAGCUACUACUUUCCCGCUAAGACUCUUUUUCGCUCUUUCUUCUGUGCGCUGGCCGCUGCCUACGUUGCUCGGGCGCUGAACCCUUUCGGUGAUGAGCAUCUUAUCCUACUUUCUGUUGACCACGACACAAAUUGGCAUUUCAUUGAAUUAAUACCCUUCGCUGCCCUCGGGGUCUUUGGUGGCAUGUUCGGUGCUCUCGUGGUGCGUUGCAACAGGGCUGUUCAAACUUUCCGUCGGGAGCGUUGCGCCAAUCGACCGAUCACGUACCUGCUGAUCCUUACCGCGAUCUCCUCUCUCAUCGCCUACCUGCACCCUGAUCUCCGAGCUGAAGAGAAGUUAUUCAUUCGCAAGCUCGUGGGCAGCUGCUCUGCUGGCGACCAAGAAGACCUGUGUGACUACAUUCGUGUACCGGCCGAGGGCGUCGUAAAUGCGACGAUAAUCAGCGAGACGCCUCUCGUGGGGAGUUUUCCUGCUGGACCACGUAUGGCGCGGGGGGUAGCUCUCCUUUUCGUCGCACUGUUCUUCAAAUUUGUCGGACUUGUUCUCGUCUAUGGUGUUCCCGUCCCCACCGGUGUCAUGCUUCCCAGCAUCAUGGUCGGUGCUAUCCUCGGCCGUCUAAUGGGCAUAAUGGUGGAGCAGUUUGUUGUGACCCAACUGCACGGUUCAGAGUUCUACCAAAACCUCUGCAAGCCCGGCCGCCCCUGCAUCGACACGGGCCUCUACGCUGUGGUGGGCGCCGCGGCUUGUCUCGGCGGGGUCACUCGCGCCACCGUCUCUCUCGUCGUCAUUAUGAUCGAACUCAUUGGAGGCCUGAGCUACAGUAUUCCCAUAAUGGUGGCAAGCAUGUUUGCCAAAUGGACCGGCGAUCGCAUGUACAAAGGCAGCAUCUACGAUGUGCAGAUCCGUCUGAAUCACUACCCUUACCUCCAGUUCGACAAGUUGUCGACUAAAAUGGGGGACUCCUUUGCAGCCGACAUUAUGCAUCCAAGAAUCAGCGAGGGUCCCCUUGAACUUUUAACGGAGAAUUCGAUGACAGUGGGAGAGAUUGAGGAACUCCUGCGUUCCUCUGAACACAACGGAUUCCCGGUGGUAGAGUCUCUCGCCUCUCGACACCUCGUCGGAUUUGUGUCGCGGACGGAUUUGGUCAAAUCACUGGGCCUUAACCGACCGCAAUCUUCGCGAACUUAUGCUCCGCACUCUGUCGUCUGCUUUACCGACCGAACUCCCUUGGUGGACCACAGCAGCCGCGUGUCCUUCUCUCCCCCUGCACAUGGGGAGGAAGGCAACCGGGUAAACGUCGCUGGAACCAGCCCCCUUCUUGUCGACGUUCGGAACAUUGUCGAUUUGAAUUUCUGUGAUAAUUCGACGCUCUUCAUGUCCGCCUCCUAUUCAUUGUCUCCGGCGCCGGAUCUGUGCUCUUACCAAGUGGACUAG